AUGACGCGUGUUUCGGUAUACUCUGCGGCCCUGGUCGCCUUCGUGGCUGCCGCCGCCAUGAUCGUCGCCUCCAUCGCCAUGCCCAACUGGAUCGACUACGCCGUCACCACCGCCAAGGGCGACACCGUCCGCAAGACCAUCGGCCUGCACCGCAGCUGCUCCAACCUUGACGGCCCCCGCUGCGUGCCCUACCCGACCGCCGCGCUGUGCCAGUCCGCCGAGCGGCGCUACUUCUGCACCGUCUGGCGCACCACCGGCUGGCUCGCCUCCUUCUCCGUCGUCCUCGGCCUCGCCGGCCUCCUCUCCCUGGCCGUCACCCUCGCCGGCGGCAAGUACAGGCGCGAGAGCGGCUGGCCGCUCGUCUCGGGCUUGGUCGCCACGUUUGCCGCCGUGCAGCUGAUUGUCGUCUCCGUCGUGGCAUACCUCUUUGAUCACGAUGAGCAGUUUGCCAUCCCGGGGUGGCAGCUCGGCGCCUCGUGGUAUCUGGCGCUGUCGAGUGCGUUGCUCUGCGUUACCACGGUGGCGGGCUUGGUGUUGAGCGCCUACGUGCUGCAGCCAGAGGAUGGCUACGAGUUUUUGGAGGACCCUACGAACGCGUAA